AUGCAAGGUACCAUUCCAUUCCACCACUUCUCUCUCCCACAGCGUCCAGCAAUGGCCCGCCAAAAAACUCGCAAUGCCUUCAUGGCAAAGACGUCGGUCAAGCAAAAGCUGGCGGGCGAAGACAAGACAACCUCCACCAGGCUUGAGGCUGUAUACAUCGGUAUAGCUGUCGCCGACAGGCUCAACAAUGCGGUUGAGGUUGCUUUCGUCAUCCACGACGGCACUUAUUCCAUUGACUUUGCGACCACGUCCAUUGGCGGGGAUUCGAGCAGCAGCUCCGACUCCUCAGCCGCAACGUCCGAAUCAGGCUCGGGGGCUACCACCCCUGCAACCGCUGAGCAGCGUGCCGAGUUCUUUGCAGAAGAUGUCAUCAGCAAGAUCAAGCACUACCGAGAUGAACACUACUACAAGUUCGUUGGUGCCGGCUUGACGACCAAAGCCGUCCAGACGUGUCCGCAAUUGCCAGCACGCCUAUGGCUCGAACUAGAUAUCGUCCCUCUGGUGCUCGAGCCUAGCUCUGGAAAGGACAACACUGGCAGCCCAGAUGCACCGAAGUAUAUGAUGGUGGAUGAAGAGGCCGAUGCAGUGGUGAGAAAGGCUCUGGGAUAUUUUGGCAGGGCCAACCAGCCUCGCCUCGAAGUUGUUUAUCGGAAUCAAGUUGGUGUCGACAGUAAUGGCGCGGCCCAGAUUGCAGAUGAGCCAACUUACCGUAAGACUGUCCAUCCCAACACGUACGCAGCGACCAUGGUCUAUGCAGAUUCGCUCAAGAAGAACGGCACCAAGAUUGCCUUCUUCAACAGUACUCCCCAGGGCGGUGGUGUUGCCUUGAUGCGGCACGCGCUGAUCCGCUUCCUGCGGUUGAUCGAUGUUGACUGCAAGUGGUAUGUCCCCAAGCCUAAGCCUGCAGUCUUUCGUAUCACCAAGAACAACCACAACAUCCUCCAGGGAGUGGAAAAAACAGGCCUUCGUCUUGAUCAGAAAUCAAUCGACAUCCUCGACGAGUGGGCUAGGCAGAAUGCUGAGCGAUACUGGAUAGCUAAAGGUGGACCUCUUGCCCCUCGCUCAGACGGUGGCGCCGAUGUCAUCAUCGUCGACGAUCCGCAGAUGCCCUCUCUCGUCAGGAUCGCAAAGGAGCAGGACCCGACCCGUCCUGUAAUCUUCCGCAGCCACAUCCAAGUACGUGCAGACCUAGCGGAUCAGGAAGACACGCCAACCGCCGAGGUUUGGAACUGGGUGUGGAACAACGUCAAAGAUUGUGACGCCUUCAUCAGCCACCCUGUUCGCGAAUUCGUGCCCAAGAACGUAUCGACGGAGAAGGUUGGCUACCUCCCCGCCACUACAGAUUGGCUCGAUGGUCUCAACAAGAACCUCGACGAUUGGGACGCACAGUACUACAUGCAUCAGUUUGAGAUGUCAUGCCUCGACAAGGGUGCCAACCGCCUUGCCUAUCCAGCGCGUCCGUACAUCACGCAGAUUGCACGUUUCGAUCCUGCAAAAGGCAUCGACGACGUUCUGGCCUCGUACGCAGUUCUCCGACGAGAGUACAUGAAAGACCAACCGAUUGAGAAAGUGCCCCAACUCGUCAUUGCCGGCCACGGAGCGAUCGACGACCCUGACGCGACCAUCAUUUUCGACGCGACUGACAAGCAGCUCAACGAACUCUACGCCGACAUCAAAGACGACGUGGUUGUCAUGCGCAUUGGCCCCGUCGACCAGUUCCUCAACGUAAUCAUGGCAAACGCCCAUGUCGCGCUCCAGCUCUCGACGCGCGAGGGCUUCGAAGUCAAGGUCUCGGAGGCCCUGCACCACGGCGUGCCCAUCAUCGCGACGCGCCGCGGCGGUAUCCCUCUGCAAGUCGAGCAUGGCAAGUCGGGCUUCCUGGUCGACGUGGGCGAGCACGACGUCGUCGCCAACUACCUCAACCACCUCUUCACCGACGAGGAGGCGUACAUCAAGAUGUCCGAUUACGCCGGCAACCACGUCAGCGACGAGGUCAGCACCGUCGGCAACGCCCUGAGCUGGCUGUAUCUCGCCGACGAGCUCGCCAACGGGUCGAGGAAAGUCGAGCCCAACAGUCGUUGGAUCAACGACAUGGCCCGCAACAAGGCCGGCUAUCCGUACAAGCCCGCAGAUGGGGAGACGACGCUCAAGCGCGAGAGCGAGAAGCUGGACUUGACGCACCAGGCGAGCCGCAGCCGGCGGGGGAGCGAGGCGUGGUGA